UCCUGUGGGCUCUGCAACAACAGUCACAUGGUCUCCCACUUUUUAGCCCUAGACGUUCGCGGCAGCCCAAUCCCGUCCGCUCGCGCUCCUCCGCUCCCCUCUGACUCACUGAGUCAAAGCGCCCCCUCCCCCAAAUGGAGCGCGACGACCGCCACGGCUCGCGAAACGGCAAUUGCGACCCCUGCCAGCGCUCCUGCAAGAAGGCCAGGCUCCCCGAUCCUCCCCAGCCCAUCUCCGACCCCGAGCUCCGGAGCGAGUUCUCCCACCACCAGCGCGGCGUCGCCCGGAUCAACAACGGCAGCUUCGGCAGCUGCCCCGGCUCCGUCCUCGCCGCCCACCGGGACUGGCUGCUCCGGUUCCUCCAGCAGCCCGACGACUUCUACUGCAACUCGCUCCGUGAGGGUAUACUCCGAUCUCGGACCCUGAUCAAGGACCUCAUCAAUGCCGACGACGUCGACGAGGUGUCGCUCGUCGAUAAUGUCACCACGGCCGCGGCCAUCGUGCUCCAGCAGGUCGGCCGCGGGUUCGCCGAGUCGAGGUUCGCCCCCGGCGACGCGGUCCUGAUGCUCCACUGCGUGUUUCAGGCCGUGAAGAAGUCGAUUCAGGCGUACGUAGCGAGCGCAGGGGGCUCGAUUGUGGAGGUCGAGUUGCCGUUCCCGGUGAGCUCGGACGAGGAGGUGAUUGCAGCGUUUAGGAGAGGAUUAGAGAGAGGGAAAAAGAAUGGUAGGAGAGUGAGGUUGGCUAUAAUUGAUCAUAUUACCUCGAUGCCAUCGGUGUUGAUUCCAGUGAAGGAAUUAGUUAAGAUUUGUAGAGAGGAGGGCGUAGAUCAGGUUUUUGUGGAUGCUGCGCAUGCGAUUGGUAGUGUUGAGGUCGAUGUGAAGGAGAUUGGGGCUGACUUUUACGUGAGCAAUUUACAUAAGUGGUUCUUUUGCCCGCCUUCCGUGGCGUUCUUGUAUUGCAGGAAAUCGUCGGGUUUAGUGAGCAGCAUGCACCAUCCUGUGGUGACACAUGAAUACGGGAAUGGAUUACCAACAGAGAGCGCGUGGAUUGGCACAAGGGAUUAUAGCUCUCAGCUUGUUGUGCCUGCGGUGUUUGAAUUUGUGAAGAGAUUCGAAGGAGGGAUUCAGGGCAUCAUAAAGAGAAACCACGAGCAAGUUGUGAAAAUGGGACAAAUGUUGGCUGAAUCUUGGGGGACGAAUCUUGGUUCUCCACCAGAAAUGUGUGCUAGUAUGAUCAUGGUUGGUCUUCCUUCGAGGCUGUGUAUUUUCAGUGGAGAGGACGCUCAGAGGCUAAGGUCGCAUUUGCGGGUGAAUCAUGGGAUCGAAGUGCCCAUACACUAUCAGCCUCCUGCUGAUGGUGUUGAUGGACCUAGGGACAAGGAUGGAAGCAUAACAGGAUAUGCUCGCAUUUCUCAUCAAGUUUACAACACUGGAGAAGAUUAUUUCAAGUUCAGGGAUGCGAUAAAUGAACUGGUUGCGACUAAUUUUACUUGCAAAAGGCUCCUUAUCGAGUGAAAAAGAUCUGUUCGUGAUUUGCAGUUGACAAGCCUUAUUUGGGUUAAUGCAACUCUUUCACCACAGUGUCAAUGUCUGCGGCUUGUUAUGGUUUGGCAACACGUGGAUGGCCAGGUGAAAUUGUACAUGUGAUCUUCAAAUCCUUGAUGGUUUUCCAAGAAUAACUGCUAUGAGCCGACACUUGUGGAUGAGACAUAGUCAUAUCGUAUCGACAUGAAUGGUAUAUCUUAGAAAUUUUGACCAUUAGUUCCAAUUGACUAAAUCCUGCCAAUGUGGUCCAACAGUAGCUUGGUAAUUGACUUUUAGUUAGUCUUAGGGAUUGAUUGUCAAAAUCUCUACCAGUGGAGACUAUUCGAUUAUGGUGAA